AUGAUGAUGGUUGCAGAGCAGCUCCAUAAUGGGUUUGGCAAAUUGCAGUCUGGCAUCAUUAUCCCAUUCAUCAGAGGCCAGUAUCAUCAUUCAGAAGAGCAUGUCUGUCAGUUCUUUAUUGUACAAUGUUCUGGAGAGCAGCCAGGUGGCUGGGGUGUAGUCUUGCUUCCCUGUGGCUGCAUUGAUCUCUCAAAACUGUCUGAUGAUCUUGCUGUCAAAGCCCUUCUCCUGAUGGCAUUCAUCUCAGAUUACAGCUUGCCAUCACAAUUGCUGGACAUCUUGUUUCUGAAUGUUACAGAGAAGUAUCAUCAUACAGCUGGAGAGCAAGUCCAGUAUGAUCAGGAACAUGUGCCAAUAAUCCUGCUGGAGAUUCAGAUCAUGUUAUCUCAGCAUCACAUGCUGUGCAGUCUGUAUGAACACAUGGCCCAAGUUGCCAAUCUUUGUGAGAGUUAA